UCCGGUCGGAAAAUCAAUUCCCGGGAAACUUGUCCUACCUUCAGAAGAACUUCGAAGGAGAUCUUCAAUGGCAAUUCCACAGAGUCAAUCUAGAUUUGGUCUACUUGUGCCAACUCCAUUCGUUCAGAGUGGAUCCUUUCCAAGAAUGCAGGAAAACUACGUGGGGAACGUGAGUGGCAGCGUGGCAUCUUCUUUGCAGAGUCCUGGUGGAGAGAAUGCCGGUUUACAAGCUAAACCCUGGUUUGCAAACAUGUGUGAUCGAAAGACAGCAGAAGCUGCAUUGUUUGAAAACGGCAAGGAUGGUGCAUUCCUAGUGCGACCUAGUUCAAGAGAGAGCAAAAACCAACCCUAUACUUUGGCAGUGUUGUACCAGAGAAAAGUUUUCAACAUUCCCAUUCGCUCUAAUGAAUUCAGAAGUCACUAUAUUCUUGGCAAGGCGAAGGCAGGAGAGAAGGUUGUCUGCAUGAGUUAG